GCUGCAAACCCUUCACAUGCAUCAGAUCUAAGCUGUUCUCCCAAUUCGCCUUCUAACCCCUCUUUCGAACAUUUUUGUUCGUUAACUGACACAAAAGAGAGAGCGGAAGACGGGAGAGACACAGCAGAUCCUUUUCUUCAAAAUCUCACCGCGUCUGCAUAAACUCCUUGCACCUAUAUAGAGACUCACUCUAUACUUCUUACCAGAUCGAUCCCGAAGGCUACUUCUUCACAGUUCUCAAUGGCGCAGCCUCUUGUGAAGAAAGAUGAUGAUCGUGACGAUGAAGCGGAGUACUCUCCCUUUAUGGGCAUUGAGAAGGGAGCAGUCCUUCAGGAAGCUAGGGUUUUCAAUGACCCUCAGCUUGAUGCAAGAAGAUGCUCUCAGGUUAUCACAAAGCUUCUUUAUCUACUGAACCAAGGAGAAACUUUCACCAAGAUAGAAGCCACAGAAGUGUUCUUUGCUGUGACAAAGCUUUUCCAGUCAAGAGAUAUAGGCUUGAGGCGAAUGGUCUAUUUAAUGAUAAAGGAGUUAUCUCCAUCUGCAGAUGAGGUUAUUAUUGUGACAAGUUCCCUCAUGAAGGACAUGAAUAGCAAGACUGAUAUGUAUCGGGCAAAUGCAAUUCGUGUGCUUUGUCGUAUAACAGAUGGAACCCUUCUCACCCAAAUUGAGCGGUACUUGAAACAAGCCAUUGUAGACAAGAAUCCCGUGGUUGCAAGUGCAGCUUUAGUCAGUGGGAUUCACUUACUUCAGACAAACCCAGAGAUUGUCAAAAGGUGGAGUAAUGAGGUUCAGGAAGCUGUGCAAUCGAGGGCAGCCCUUGUUCAGUUUCAUGCUCUGGCUUUGCUUCACCAGGUAUCCUAGAUCCAUG